AUGGCUUUGAAUAUGAGCAGGCUCGUUACCAUGCCUUCACAUGUGCUGCCAUCUUCCUUUGUCGCUCCUUCACUUCAAGUCUCAUCGUCUCCUUGUUCAUGGCGGACGCGCCCCUCCCCUUGCACCAGCUGCCAUUUAUCGCCAUCAUCAUCGUCAAAGCCACUCCUUGGAAGCCAUGAUUAUUCUUUGCUCAAGUCCUUAACUCUAUCUCCACAUGCGGUGAAUUCUGAAGCUGAUAGCAGCACCAGAAGGAUGAAAGAAGUGAAGGAAAGAACCUGGGAGGCAUUCUAUAGAGCUUGGGAUUCAAGGGCUGCUAUGGAGAUGGUAGACACAGUUGAGAGGCUAGGUCUAUCAUACCAUUUUGAAGGCGAGAUAAAUGCACUAUUGCAAAGGUUCUGCGACUGGAAUGCCAGUGAAGAUCUCUUCACUACUGCCCUUCGUUUCCGGUUGCUUCGCCAAAAUGGGUUCCCAACUCAUUCUGAUGUUUUUGGCAAGUUCAUGGAUAAGAAUGGAAAAUUCAAGGAAAGCUUGACUGAAGACAUAUGGGGUAUGCUGAGUUUACAUGAGGCAUCUCACUUGGGGGCCAAAAAUGAAGAAGUAUUAGCAGAAGCCAAGGAGUUCACAAGGAUUCACCUCAUACAGUCUAUGCCGCACAUGGAACCCCAUUUUAGCAGCCAUGUCGGCCGGGCACUCGAGCUUCCCAGGCACUUGAGGAUGGCGAGGUUGGAGGCUAGAAACUAUAUAGACGAAUAUAGCAGGGAAAGCAACCCGAACUCAGUUCUUCUAGAGCUGGCAAAAUUGGAUUUCGACAUGGUUCAAUCACUGCACCAGAAAGAGUUGGCUGAGAUAGUAAGGUGGUGGAAACAGUUGGGUCUUGUUGAUAAGCUUGAUUUUGCUCGAGACCGGCCGAUGGAGUGCUUCUUAUGGACAGUGGGGAUAUUUCCAGAUCCCAGGCAUUCAAGCUGCCGCAUCGAAUUAACCAAGGCCAUUGCUAUCUUACUAGUUAUUGAUGAUAUUUACGACUCUUAUGGAUCUUUGGACGAGCUUGCUCUCUUCACUGAUGCAGUAAAAAGAUGGGAUCUUGGUGCAAUGGAUCAGCUCCCUGAGUACAUGAAGAUAUGUUACAUGGCAUUGUACAACACUACUAAUGACAUUGCAUACAGGAUCUUGAAGGAGCAUGGAUGGAGCGUCAUAGAAGACCUAAAACGAACGUGGAUGGACAUCUUUGGAGCUUUCCUAGCUGAAGCCUAUUGUUUCAAAGGUGGCCACGUACCCUCACUAGAAGAGUAUCUAACUAAUGCAGUUACCACUGGAGGCACAUACAUGGCCUUGGUGCAUGCUUUUUUUCUUAUGGGGCAAGGUGUUACUAGGGAAAAUAUGGCCAUGUUGAAGCCCUAUCCCAACAUCUUCUCCUGCUCAGGGAAAAUUCUUCGGCUUUGGGAUGACUUGGGAACUGCAAGAGAGGAGCAAGAGAGAGGAGAUAACGCGUCGAGUAUAGAAUGCUACAAGCGAGAGCGAGAGAUGGAUACUGUGUUGGAAGAUGAAGCCUGCAGGAAACACAUAAGGCAGAUGAUCCAGAGCUUGUGGGUAGAGCUCAAUGGGGAGCUGGUUGCUUCGUCUGCAUUGCCUCUUUCAAUCAUCAAAGCUGCCUUUAACCUCUCAAGAACUGCACAAGUCAUUUACCAGCAUGGAGAUGAUAACAAGACUUCUAGUGUUGAAGAUCAUGUACAAGCAUUGCUCUUUAGGCCUGUUUCCUCUAAUGGGCAUGCUCAAAUUACCAUGCAUUAG